AUGUUGGAAACUCCAGCAAAUUCACCAGUUAGUUUAACACCAAGGAACAGAGCUCGUGACCUAAGGGAGGCUACUCUCAGGAGGAUGACUCGAGAGACCGCUCAGGGCCAUGAACCACAUCUAUAUGCAGACAACAUAAGGCCUCGUAGGGGGGCAAGUGAUAAUCUAGAAAGACGGUUCCAAGAUGAAGCCAAUCAUGCUCCUGAACUAGAGGACGCAGAACAAAUGGAAAAUUAUGAAGUAGAAACUGCUCCCUUUCAAGCAGAGCAAACUGAUCAGCAGUGGACUAUGACACCUGUCAAUUCUCCCGCAGCCAGAAUUUGUCAGGAACCAAAAUUCAUCAACAGGGCACCUUCCACUCCUGCUCCUAACCAAACCCUGCAUCAAGGUCCUAGUAAUCUGCUUGGUCAUACCCCGGCUCCUCAGUCCAUGCAUCCUGUGUCACAGAACCAGCCAUUACUACCAGCUAGAUUGGAGGCCAUUGCUGGACCUAGGAAGUUGAGGUAUCUUGUCAAAGAACUUGGAGAAGUCUGCAAACUUGGAGGGGAGUCUGAGUUACAGUAUGUGCUAGAAGACAUUCAGGAGUGCAUAGAGGCCAUCCCUCAACUGAAACCCACCUUCAAUCUCCAGACAGAGGUUGACCUUUUGCUUCAGCCUCUACGCUCAGAAAACAGUCAACUCAGAAGGAGACUGAGAAUUGUCAACCAGCAACUGAAAGAGAGGGAGAGACAAGAGAAGGAAAACACUAACCAUGGAAUCAACUUUGAAAUGCUGCACCUCCAGACUGACAAUGCAUCUCUGCAUCGGCAGCUGAAGGAGGAGAAGGAACUGACUCAGAGACUGUCCCAGGAGCUGGAACGCAUGAAGUACGAGAGGCAGAGGCUGAUUGUUGUACUUGGUGAUAAGGAGAAUGACUGUACAAGAACCCGAGAAGAAUCUUCCAAGGAGUUUCAGAAAUUGCAGUUUGAGCUGGAACUUGCCCGGAAGCAGACUGAGGGAAGUCACCUGAGACAUGCAGCAGCAGAGAGUGAGAACCGUAUCCUGCAGGUAUCUCUCAAACAACGAGACAUGGAGAUCUCCAGACUGCAGGGCCUAGUCCAGACAUUAAAAGAUGGUGUGGGUGAGGUUCUUCGUAGUUUGGAUAAUGGAGGUCAAACAAAUGGGGCAUCUACAAUAGAAAACAGCUUCAGUCUUCAGAAAAUGCUGCUUCUUCUCAACAAACAGGGAUCAGGCUACAGUCCUGCCAAGAGUGUUAUGUCUGAUCCGGGACAGCCGACUGCAAAUAAGGAAACUGUGGCAAGUGCUAAGAAAAACCUCAAGUUUGACAACAAUCCUGUGUCAUCUCCAAGGAAAAGUAAAGUUUCACCUCUCAGUAAAGAAGCCCUACAUCAACACAACAAACUACUACGUAAGGAGACCCCAAAGACUGAAGACAUUGUAGCUCUUGAGAAAGGAUUCCAGAGUUACAUGUCUCCAUUCAAUUCCUCCCCGAAGAGUGACCUGGGGUCUGUGACUGAGAUGUUGCUGAGGAACUGUUCAAGUAAAGGUCGGAAAUCAGAGAUCCAAUUAAGUCUAGCACAGGGAGUGGCAGACAGGUGAUGAAACUGCCACAACCUAACUUUGAUACAAGUGACAGUGGGCUUGACACAGAGGGUACCCCUGGGGCCUCCAAGCCCAUCCCUCCCAGUCAGGUAGCCCCACAAGAAUCUUCUUCAUUACAGAGUGAAGCUUUCAAAGGCACAGAGUUAGAUCUUAGUCUGAGUACUAUUGAAGAGGAUGUUCGAUCUGUGGUGUCAGCAGUCACAUCAACUACAUCACUGUCGACAGUUGAUGACAAGGCUUUCAGAGAGGGCAUAGCAGCACUUGAUGCAAAUAUUGCUAAAGUACUUAAUGCUUUGGAAAAAACGAAAAAAAUGUUUUCGUAAUAUGGAACGCUUUUGUUCUGCUUGUAAGAAAUGUUGGUGCUUUUUUGGUUUGUUUUUCAUGUUUAUGAACAGGUUAUUUGUGUUGAACAGGGUUUUUGAAACUGAAGCUGAAAAUGAUUCAUGAAAGUGAAUGAUGCUUUUAGCAGUUUUAGCAUGACUUUUUUAAAAUGUGCUUCUCUUUUUAAGUGCAUUAAUCAUAUACAUUAAUAUACACAAUCUGAAAUGCUUUGCUGAACUUGACCCUGAUAAAUAUAUCUGUGAUCGAUUAGAGUCACAUAUUAUGAACUCAUGAACACCCUUUUGACAGAAUCAUAUGUAUGAAUCAAUGUCAAAUACAUCUUUGCCUUACUUAAGACAACUGAAUCAGGGUUGAAUCUUAUGUUUGUCCAGCAAAGCAAUCAAAAAAUUGUCUUCCUGUUGGAUAUAUUAUAAGGCAAGAACAAAAAUGUGUUUCCCAUUUCUCCCAAUCCAAAAAUAUAUAAUAUGGACAGCACCAAUUCGGUAAUUGGUAUGGGGCUCUAGAUUUGGUCCGUUGGUCAGGAAACACAUAUUUCUUUUUGCCCAAGACAUCAAGAAGACUCAAUGAGGAGUCCCAAUGAAUGCAGAGCAGCGUCUGCAAUGACGGGUUCAUAGAUGUUGUAUUUCUGUUGGUGAUUGUCUACUUAAUAUCCAUCCUGACAUUAGAGGGCUGGUUACUUGCAUUGGGUAGGAGGGAUGCAUAGACUAUUUGUUGAAAGAGUUGUUUUUUUUCAUGACAACUGUUUCCUGUUCCUUGACGAUACAUAGCUCUUGGUUUGUUCUAUGUAUUUAAAUUGGUAGGAUUUUAUUUGCUUUAAAGUGAACCUCAGUUUGUAUUGUCUGAAUAUUAGUUGAAUAAUAUUUUGGGGCAUCACAUGUAGCGUUUUUUCCUGAACAGGACGAUAAAGGGCUCUUUUUGAGACAGUUGGAUGAGAAAAUGCACAUAACUCUGUUUAGAAUUGUAGCAGCUUUCAAAACAUGUACAUUUAGAUUAAUUUUUGCAGAAUGAUGUAAAUUUUGUUCAAACAAGUGCAGCCUUACUGGCAAUACAGUUGUGUUCCUCAAUGAUACUUAUGCCAAUUUACAACGAAUACUAUGCUCAAAUCAUUUACAAUAUUUUAUCUUUUAUAUAUCUUGUCUAAGUGGAGAAUGGUAAAACUUCUUAACAUACACCUAAUCAAAAUAUGUGUUCUAACUAUUUAUAUAUGUAAGCUUUGUACCCGCGAAAGAUAUCAGCAAAAGUAAAUUAGUUUCACUUUACAGUGACAUGAGUGUUUAUGGUUACAGUGUCCUACCUUAGUUUUCAAAAUGUUUUGUGGUACAGAUGGAAUUGUCUCAAAGUUCUUGUUAACAAGUUACAUGCAUACACAUUUUACACAACAAACUAUUACAAGUAUCAGCACAUGUUCCAAUAAGAAUAUCGUUUAUAUGUGAACUUACAAACACCAUAUCAAAUUUCAAGUAGGGCGUGAUUUUUCUUCAGUAUUUAUAUACACUCAGUUCAGAAAACAAAACAAAACAUAUCAUCUAUUUUCAUGCCUUAUUACUUCCGUUGAUGCAAUUUUGUGGACUGAUCGAACUAUUUAAUUGAUGUGCUAAUAUACUUUGUUGGAAAUUGAUUGAUUGUGGUGUCAUAUAUUUUGAUGUUGUAUUAAUCUGUGGCCGUCAUUAGUUCUUUCGUAAAGUAAAAAUGUCUGGUUUAUGGUGUUGAUCCAUGCUAAGACUUGUUUGUACUGAAAUGGUUUAGCUUCUGGUACUAAUUUAUGUUUUAGAACUUGAAUGUACACUGUAACAUUCAGUAUGGCGAACAUUUUAGCAAAUAACAUGAAGCAAAUGCAGGUUUGCAAAUUCCAUGUAAACAUUCUCAUAGUUUGCUUUUCUUUGUGAGUAAUGAUCGAUUUUGUUUCACAUGAUAAUACAAAUAUAUUUCUUAGGUUCAUUGCAAUGAAAUUAGUAAAUUAUCCAAUAAGCAGCUUCUUCUAUCACACCAAUGUUCAUUAUCAAGUUUCUUUUCUCAGAAAAGUGAAGUUACUCCAUAUUUUGAGAACUACCUGAGUAUGGGGAAAAUGCCAGUCUACUCGUUACUUCUUCUCAGAGCAGUGAGAGAUUCUCAUACUGAUCUCUUCAGUAUGUAUGGAAACCUAUUGGUGGACUCCAAGUUUGUGGAUUCUUUUCUUGAUAGGAUGUGUUGUUAAUACUGAUGUUUAAUAUAGAAGUGCUUAACUUGACAUUACUCAACUUCCGAUAGAAGUGCUUAAUUUGGUAUUACUCAACUUCUAAUCCCUUUCAUUCUCAAUGGUCAGCAUUAAAGAUAUUUCUGUUCCUUGCAGAACUAGAUAACAGAAUGCAGUGAAUUACUUCACUGGCAAUAAUACCAUAGGGUUGAGGUUGUGCUCUUAGAAGAUCCAGAAUCUCAUAUGAAAUACUCAAAUACUCCUUGAUCGUAUGUUAUUGUGCUUGUUUCAUUUAGCAUUUGACUCCUCUAAUGUGGAACAUCGGCAUAAUGUAGAAUGUAAUUUGAUCUUGUAACACUUCAGACAUACAGUAGAAUGAUGAUUUUCUUUUGUCAAAAUCAUCCAUUCUUAAAAGGAGGUGAAGUUGUUUCUUGCUCCUGUAUUGAAAUGUUCAUAUUCUGCAUUAGUUAAAGAUCAAGGUUGAUCCACCGGAUUUUCAAAGUUGAUGUAUUACAGUGUUACAAGCGAUUUCUUGAACACUCCAGAUUAUGUGUUCAGUCAUGAUGCUUAUCUUCAGAAUUUCUUUAUGUGUCUGUCUCCAAGUAAUUUAAUCUUGUUGCCUUGUUCUGUGAUCAUCGUUUACUGAGACAGUAGUCUUUGUCAAAGUAUUCAUGUGAAUAGUGCCUCUCUACGAUAUUACCUGCCAAAUCCAGUGACAUAAUGUUCUGAAAAUAGGGACAAACAUUUACACAUAUUCUUUACUGUUUACCCCAAAUUCCUAUUUGUUACAGUUAUACAUUACCAUUUUCAAUGUUUAAACUUUUGAAGUUGUGAAAAUAUUUACUUAUUACUUUGCAAAUUACUGAUUUAUCAUUUUUCUCUAUGAUUAUUCUACCAGUGAUAUUUACAUCAAAUCACAUUGGUUUUUUGUACAUAUUGAGUGUUUGUUUUAGUGCUUAUGGGAGACGCUAACUAAGACACAGUCCACUUCCAUUGUCUACAAGUGUACAUUUAAUUGUGAGACAUUUUGUUGUUUACUUUUUUCAUCUUGACUUGUCUGUGAUCGUGCCAAAGUAAGACAGUAUUAUUUACACGUUGAUAAAUAUACCCAUUUCUACUUGUAGUGUCAAACUAGGGCUUGAUACUGGUUAACCUUGGACAUCAAGGUAACACAAUCUUGAACACUCACUUGAAUACUCUACAAUCUUUUCUUUGUUUUAUUCAUUCCACUGAUCAGAGUAUGGAGUCCUUCAAAUCAGUAUUGUGUGUUGCACAUGCAUAGCUUGUUACACAAUGGGUAACUGUUAGCUUUUCACUUAUGAAUUUAUGAAAUGGACAUCUACUCUAGAAUGCAUUUCAUUAACUUAGAAGUCCACAUACCAUCCACUAUGGACCAUUUUAGUAGUUAUUUGGCCCAUUGAUUGGUCAAUAAAGUAUCUACACAUCGAACAUGCAGUCAAACCUCUCUGUCUCAAACACUGUAAUGUAGGGAUUGUCUCAUUCAUUUGUCAAGUUUUAGGGUGGGGCUGUUUACCCCCAGUAACCCAAUUUCUAUCAUUAAAGAUUCCUGAGCCAAGAUAAC